UUCAGGAAGUUCAAAGGGUCGUUUUGUGUUGAUUGAAUACUUCGGUGCUUCUUUUCAUGUGCAAACUGUUUUUUGUAGCUUUUGUACAAAGAAUAUCGGUCAUCACAGCGGUUUUACGUAAAUUUUAUGGACAGUACUUAACCACUAAUUUAUGGAAGCCCGUUUCCGCCAGGGCUUCUAUAGCUGUUAGGAUAAUCUUGUUUCUUGUCAUUAACCGGAGACACAGAAGCUGAGGUCCUGCCAUGCUGCUCUGGACCCUGACUGUGUAUAUGCUGCUCUGCAGAGUCAGUCUGAAGACCCAGGCAGAUGUUCGCGUUGUUGUCCCGAAGUCCUCAGUCACUGGCCCCUACCAGAACAGCGUGACCCUCCUCUGUAUCUUCUCCAGUAACGGCUCUGUCCCCAUUGGGAAUGUCUCAGUGCGCUGGGAGAAACAACCCAACAUUACUGUAUUUGCCUAUGAGAACGGACAGGAACAGCCUGAUAUUGAGAACCCAGCCUACAGAAAUCGCACCAGCCUCUUCUCUGAUGUAACUGUGGGCUCAGCCUCUAUCGUGCUGGUGGACCUGUCCCUCUGUGACGCCGGGACAUACACCUGUCGAGUGGGGAGCCCUGACCGUGGCUACGGGGAAGGACAGCUCACCCUCUCUGUGGCUGCAAAGCCACUGAGCUACAGCUUCAGAUUCAAUGACUAUGAAAGCCUCAGCUUCCACUCCUCGGGAUGGUAUCCGAAGCCAGUGGUUUUCUGGACUGACGAGCUCAACAGGAACAUCACGGUCCACAUCAACAUCACUGAGAGGACAGAUGGGCUGUUUGAGAUCAGGUCCAUCCUGUACUUUCACACUGAAUACACCCAAAAGAAGAUCUAUAUUGUUUGCAGAAACCCAUUUACUGGAGAGCAAGAAAUAAACAUCUUCCAGCAAACAGACAAAGGGCCUCCCCAGCGUCCCCAGUACACCAGUUAUGCAGUGGGAGGAGCCGUAGCUGCAGGAGGGAUGUUUGUGCUUCUUCUCAUUGCAGGUCUUUAUAAAAAACUGAGGCAUCACAGGCCCAGACAAGGCCCAGGUGCUGGUGGAGCCAAUGACUAUGAACCACUGGACGUAAAUUACCAGCAUGAGCCAACAGACAGCUCAGGUGCUGCUGGAGCCGAUGACGAUGAGCCACUGAUCAGAGGAAAUCGUCGGCGUGAUUCAAUAGACACUCCCCGGAUAAAUAUGUGAUGAAGAAGAGUUGGAGGUCUCACGAGAGGACAGUGGCUGUGUUAGUAUUUUAGAAGAAGAUUAAGAAUUUGGACACUUUGUGAGCUGGAUUUCUGGAAAUAUCUGAGGAGUUUUGUGCUUUAAUAGACUUCUAAUGCUAUGGCCCAUUGGCCCCUUGCUGUCAGAAUGCUGGGCUGUUCCCCCUCGUACAGCACUGUACAAUAACAAGGAAUAAAGUCCAGUGUCUUGGGAAGCUCAGUGGAACUGUACUGUUGCAGGUUACCUAGCAAGAAAACAUCACUGAUCCAUUGGAAGGAGAGGAAAGCUUUCUGCUUUUCUGGUAGUGAAUUUAAAAUACCUUCCAGCUGUUUCUUAAAAGUGCUCAGGCUUUGGGUGUUAGCCACUGGCCAGACACCCACAACUCUUAGUUCUAUAAAUGAAACUCGUAAUACUUUGGUGAUUGUUUUUUAUUCUCUGUGCUUUAGUGUGUAUGUUAAAUAGAAUUUGUUAAACAUGUUUGUCGAUUUGAUGUAGAAAAAUCACAUCCCUGACUUUUUACUGACGUCCAGUCUGGACUGUACACACUCCUCCACACACACCCUUACACACAGACACACCUAUACACUGAUCUUGCUGUCAUUUCAUUUUGUAAUUUUGUAUGUAUGUUAGGCAAAGUAAGGAUUGGGAGCAUUUUUUAGAAUAUAUUUUUAAUUGUUUUUUUAAAGAAAAAUGCUAUUUUUGUACUUGAAUAGAAAUAAAUUCCUUAAACUAUC